GCGGGGCUCGUGGGAAAGCUAGCGCAAAUGACCGCCGGGAAGGGGGACAGCUCAACUUUAAAGCCACCAGACGUCAAUGGUCCAAUAUCAUGCAUGGCCUGACACUUUUACCACUACAGUUGCUUCCCGGUAGCUUUAUUAUCUGCCAUCUGGUCUUUUACUGAGAAUCCACAUCUCUCUGGCUCUAGAUCAUGGCCCUUCGCUAGACGAGCUACAUCAAAGCUUCAGUAACAGCCUUAAACAUGGCGACCGCAGUUCGAAUUUGUAUCUGCGGCGACGAGGGGACGGGCAAGUCAAGUCUUAUCGCUACCUUCGUCAAGGAUACCUUCGUCUCCAACAAAAUACAAGCCGUCCUGCCCCAGAUUACCAUCCCUCCAACGCCCGGCCACGAGAAUGUCACCACCACCCUCGUCGAUACCUCAGCACGACCCCAAGACCGAACCACACUCCGGAGAGAGAUCCGAAAAUGCACCGUGAUCAUGCUGGUCUACUCGGACCACUACAGCUACGAACGUGUUGCCCUCUUCUGGAUGCCUUACUUUCGCUCCCUCGGCGUCAACGUCCCCGUCGUCUUAUGCGCCAACAAGUCAGAUCUUACCGGUGAUGGGAACACAGCGCAGGUGCUUGAGGAGGAAAUGCUACCAGUCAUGGCCGAGUUUAGGGAGAUCGAUUCUUGCAUACGUACAAGCGCAAAGGAGGGACGAAACGUAGUUGAGGUCUUUUGGUUAUGUCAGAAGGCCGUGACACAUCCAAUAGCCCCGCUGUACGACCACAAAGAAAGCCAACUCAAACCAGCCUGCGUUGACGCCUUGAGGAGGGUCUUCUAUCUGUGCGACAGGGAUCAAGACGGUUAUCUCAACGAUAAGGAGAUGCACGAUUUCCAGGCAAAGUCGUUCGAUAAGCCGCUGCUCCCAGGAGAGCUGGAGAACAUCAAGGCUGUUGUCAGCAAAGCCGUACCAACUUGCGACAUAAGCAAGGGGCUAGAUUUACAAUGCUUCUUGCAGCUGAACAAGCUUUACGCUGAGAAGGGUCGCCAUGAGACCAUUUGGAUUAUUCUCCGAAAACACCAUUACACUGACAGUUUAAGUUUGGAGGAUGGCUUUUUACAACCGAAGCUGGACGUGCCAGAAUAUGCCUCGACUGAGCUUAGUCCAGCUGGCUACCGCUUUUUCAUGGAUCUCUUCUUGAUCUUUGACAAGGACAACGACGGAGGUCUCAACGACCAGGAGCUGGCAGCCUUGUUCGCUCCCACCCCUGGAUUACCACCAUCAUGGGUGGAAACAUCGUUCCCAUCCUCCACUGUCCGGAACGAGGCCGGGCACAUCACGCUUCAGGGAUGGCUGGCACAAUGGAGCAUGACCACGUUCCUAGAACCAAAAACAACACUCGAAUAUCUUGCCUACCUAGGUUUUGAGGGUCCAAACGCCCGGGACUCAACCACAGCAGCCCUCAAAAUCACCAAACCCCGCAAACGAAGGCGCAGACCAGGCCGUGUAGACCGCAACAUCGUCCUCUGCUACAUCCUAGGCUCCUCUGCCUCUGGGAAAUCAACCCUGCUCAACGCCUUCCUCAACCGCCCCUUUGACGCCCUUUACCAUCCCACCAUAAAACCCCGCCGCGCAGUCAACAGCGUCGAACUGGGAGGUGGAAAGCAAUGCUACCUCAUCCUCGAAGAACUCGGCGAGCUCGAGCCCGCCAUCUUGGAAAACCAAGCCAAACUCGACGCGUGCGAUCUCAUCUGCUACGCUUAUGACUCUUCCGACCCGGAAUCUUUUUCUCACAUUGUCGAGUUGCGCAAACGGUACCCGCAGCUUGACGAACUGCCUGCUAUAUACACGGCACUCAAGGCCGACUGCGACAAGACGACGCAAAGGAGCGAGCUGCAGCCUGAUGCGUAUACCGCGGCGCUGAAUAUGUCUGCGCCGCUGCAUGUGAGUGUUACGUGGCAUAGUAUCAGUGAGCUGUUUGUUGCGCUGGCCGAGGCGGCGACGAACCCGAGUACUGCGUUUCCGAAGACGGAGGAGGCGCCGGAUCGGACGAGCUUGUAUAUGGCGUUGGGCGCGACGACUUGCGCGGCGUUGGCGGCGUUUAUGAUUUGGAGGAGGUCGACAAGUUCGAUGUGAGGGAAGGGAAAUGUGUAUAUCAGAUUGGGGUUUCUUUUGGGAGCGGGAGUAGGGUUAGGUGCAUGGAUGGGAGUUUGAUAGGGGGGUUGUUUAAACAUAUGUUUUGUAGUCAGUUCUUUUUCCAUUCCCCCAUCGUUUGGCCCCCCCUUUUUUUCUCAAUGGCAAGAGGAAAAAGAGAGCGUUUUACAUUGAUACCCGUCCUAUGCACACCUACACCUUGAGGUAUACGCACGCUAUAUAGCAUUUUAAAUCCCUUUUUCUACUCUACCUUGUAUCUUCAGCGGAAUUCCAGAGUAUUUUGCUGUUCUACAACCAGAAGC